AUGGGUGAGGUAAAUAAAGAUGCUGUUGAAAAAUACUUGGAGAACAAUCCCCAGUUUGCCAAGGAAUAUUUUGACCGCAAAAUGAGGGCAGAAGUGCUGGGAAGUAUCUUUCAAGUGAGCCCUGGAGAUGUGAAGGAAGGAGUAAGCUUCAAAGACAUGUCUCGCCUGGAGGAGUGUAACAUACUUUUUGAGCUGCUGACAGAAAUCCAGGAUGAAGCAGGCUCUAUGGAAAAGAUUGUGCACAAAACCCUGCAGAGGCUGUCACAGCUGCUGGCAGCCGAUCGGUGUAGCAUGUUUAUUUGUCGUUCCCGAAAUGGUAUUCCAGAAGUAGCUACCAGGCUUCUCAAUGUCACUCCAACUUCCAAAUUUGAGGAGAAUUUGGUGAAUCCAGACAACGAGACUGUUUUCCCUUUGGACAUCGGGAUAGCGGGAUGGGUUGCUCAUACCAAGAAGUUUUUUAAUAUACCUGAUGUGAAAAAGAAUAACCAUUUUUCAGACUUUCUGGACAAACAAACUGGUUAUACAACUGUCAAUAUGUUGGCAAUCCCAAUCAUGCAGGGUAAAGAGGUGCUUGCUGUUGUCAUGGCUCUCAACAAAUUAAACGCCAGUGAGUUCUCAAAAGAGGAUGAAGAGGUCUUUAAAAAAUACCUCAAUUUUAUAUCUUUGGUCCUAAGAAACCAUCAUACCUCAUAUCUCUACAACAUUGAAUCCCGAAGAAGUCAGAUGCUGUUGUGGUCUGCCAACAAAGUGUUUGAAGAGCUAACAGACAUAGAACGUCAGUUUCACAAAGCACUGUAUACUAUUCGAAUGUAUUUAAACUGUGAAAGAUAUUCUGUUGGUCUGCUGGACAUGACUAAAGAGAAGGAGUUCUAUGAUGAAUGGCCCAUUCGGCUGGGGGAGGCAGAGCCUUACAAAGGUCCCAAGACACCUGAUGGAAGAGAAAUCAACUUUUAUAAGAUUAUUGACUACAUCUUGCAUGGGAAAGAAGAAAUCAAAGUCAUUCCGUCACCUCCAGCAGAUCACUGGUGUCUUAUCAGUGGAUUGCCAACAUAUGUUGCAGAAAAUGGAUUUAUUUGUAACAUGAUGAAUGCACGAGCAGAUGAAUAUUUCACAUUUCAGAAAGGACCCGUGGAUGAGACUGGAUGGGUUAUCAAAAAUGUCCUUUCAUUGCCUAUUGUCAACAAAAAAGAAGAAAUUGUGGGAGUUGCAACAUUCUACAACAGGAAAGAUGGAAAACCUUUUGAUGAGUACGAUGAACAGAUAAUUGAAACUCUUACACAGUUCCUGGGGUGGUCUGUUUUAAAUACUGACACUUAUGAUAAAAUGAACAAGCUUGAAAAUAGAAAAGACAUUGCUCAGGAAAUGCUUAUGUACCAGACAAAGGCUACUCCUACUGAAGUUGAAUCUAUACUGAAAUACAAAGAGAAAUUAAAUGUAAAGAGUAUAGAAGAAUGUGAUGAAAAAGAUCUUAUCAGGAUUUUGAAAGAAGAACUACCCGAUCCCAAAGACUUAGAACUAUAUGAAUUUCGCUUCAGUGACUUUCCCGUUACAGAACACGGCUUGAUAACUUGUGGAAUACGGCUGUUCUUUGAGAUAAAUGUUGUUGAAAAGUUCAAAGUCCCAGCAGAGGUCCUUACAAGAUGGAUGUACACAGUCAGGAAGGGUUAUCGAGAUAUCACUUACCACAACUGGCGACAUGGAUUCAACGUGGGACAAACAAUGUUUACUUUGCUGAUGACAGGUAGAAUAAAGAAAUACUACACUGAUCUAGAAGCCUUUGCCAUGGUUGCUGCUGCUUUCUGCCAUGACAUUGAUCACAGAGGGACCAAUAACUUGUAUCAAAUGAAAUCAGCUGCUCCACUAGCAAAGCUUCAUGGCUCUUCCAUUUUAGAAAGACAUCACCUGGAGUACAGUAAAACCCUACUGCAAGAUGAGAGUUUAAACAUCUUCCAGAACCUAAAUAAGCGCCAGUUUGAAACCGUUCUACACUUAUUUGAAGUUGCAAUAAUAGCAACUGACUUGGCUUUGUAUUUCAAGAAAAGGACUAUGUUUCAAAAGAUUGUGGAUGCAAUUGAAAAAAUGGAAACAGAAGAGGAGGCAAUUAAAUAUAUAUCUAUUGAUCCAACCAAAAAAGAAGUCAUCAUGGCUAUGAUGAUGACCGGAUGUGACUUGUCUGCUAUAACCAAGCCUUGGGAGGUACAAAGUAAGGUUGCCCUCAUGGUUGCAAAUGAAUUUUGGGAGCAAGGUGACCUGGAACGAACUGUACUACAGCAACAACCAAUUCCCAUGAUGGACAGAAACAAAGGUGAUGAACUACCUAAGCUCCAAGUUGGUUUCAUAGAUUUUGUGUGCACUUUUGUGUACAAGGAAUUCUCAAGAUUUCACAAGGAAAUUACACCCAUGUUUGACGGUCUUCAGAACAACAGGGUUGAAUGGAAAACUAGAGCUGAUGAAUAUGAAGAGAAGAUGAAAGUUAUUGAGGAACAAAAGAAAAAGGAAGAAGAAGCAGCUGCCAAAAAAGCUGAAAAUGCAGCUGGAGGUGGAAGUGGAGAGGAUGGAAAAUCCAAAACAUGUAUAAUUUUGUAAUUCUUUGUCUCAAAGACACUGUUUCUGCUACAGAAAAGACAUCUAGAAAGAACUUCAAGGAGCCCAGUGGAUUUCUGCUUCGCAUAGAAUAGUCUAGAUCAAUCUCUUAACAAUCCUCUUAAACAGUUGCCAUUUGUUGGAAAUAAUUUUUACUGGAAUAAAAAAAAACAGUUAUAAUUAAAAACUGAAAAAGCAAAAGACAGAAGAAAAAAUAAGCAAUAGUGCAAAAUACAUAAAUGUCCACUCUAGAACUUUUCAUGUCUCUCAAUUUAUAUAAUUUUUAUUAAAACAAGUAACUUCUGCACUGUCCAGAAAAAAAAAAAAAUUGAUAGAUCUUACAUGAAAUUACUGAAUGAAAUCUAACAUGCACAAUUCAAUCAAAAAAAAAUCAGUUUUAAUAACUUGUAUAUUUAGAUUUUUAUAUUACGUGUACUUACUCAAUCUGGAAUUCUGUCCUCUUCCAUCAUACUUCAUACUAAGUACAGCUUUGGGGCAAAAGUUUCCUUUACUUUAGGAGAGCUAAACACAAUUCCCUAUCGUGUAUGUAUAAAAAGCAGGUCCAUGAUGCACAGACUUUUUUCAAAACCACCAUGGAUAAAUCUGCAAAUUACAGUCAGCACUUGGAGAAGCCACUCCUUUACCCACGAUGUCUCUGCCCACAGUUCUCAAACUGAGUACUUCUUAUUUUACAAAUCUAAAAAGAUACGCUACAAACAUUGUGCAUCUAUGUAGCUACUUCUACAGCAGGUUCCCCAUUCAAAUGCAUUACAUCCAAUGCACCUCCUUUAAAAUGCAGUAAAAUGGACAGAAUUUUCUAGUAUCUGAAAACCAAUGAAUGGCACAAAUUCAGUCUGGGGAGGCAGACAAUAGCACAAGUAGAGCACAUCAAAAUUCACAUUUCCACAACUAAGACAGACUGCACACAAAUUAGCCUUUCGUAAACAACAGUCUCCCUACAAAAACCAUCAGCUGUUAAAGCGUGACAGAGAUCGCUCCAUUCCUUCUAUUCAGGUCCCAUGAGGUCACCUCCUACUCCAGAUAAGGAAGGAAAAUAGCUACUAUAUCACACAUGUAUCUGAACAUUCAGUGGAACCAAUUCCAAACCUAAGAGAAUCUGGAGGUCAGAAAUGACUCCUGCAACAAACAAGUUUUACAAGGAGACCCAAUCCUAACACUUUUUUCCCCACUUUAAACAAAGCAGAAUCAUACACUUUCAUUCUUUUCCUCUGAAGAGCCCUCAGCAUCAAGAGAAGGGAGGACUGAAAAAUUAAUUAUAUUAUAUACCUUUCUAAGAAUGCUAUGAAGAUAGAUACAUGCAUAUCACUCAAAAUUAAAAGGAAUCCACACAGCUUCCCACUGAUUACGUCCUUCUUUACAAAUGGGCCAAGUAUUUUAUGCAAACUUGGUUAUGACAUAAAACUGCAUAUCGUGUAUUAUUUCCUGUAUUUCAUGUAGAUACAAAAGAAAGCUAUUCCAAAGUUGUUUGAUCAUGUAACUUUAUUCAUACUGUAUUAAAUGAUGUAUUUAAUAUGUAUUCUGUACCACUUUAUAAACAUAUUCUGAAGACUCAAAGCAGAGCUAGUUAACCCAGAACACACACCUAAUAUACAAUACUUACAGCAACUUUCAACAAAACUCGUUAAGGCAAGUUGCAUACAUGUAAGCAGAUUGCUGCAGAUUGGAUUUGGCUCUCAACCAAGCUUGCAAGAUGACAGAGAAUUAACCUUUAAAUCCACCUUCUUACCUAAAGAAGCCUUCAUGCAAGGCUACAUUUAUUUGUUGCUCAAGGACAUCCUAAAUAUGUCCUUGUACUGUCAUCUAUUAUGUAAGCACAAACUGCUUAAAAUUAAUUAUGUUAAUAAAUACUUGUAAAUAAAGCUCUCUACUAUGAGUACAUGUAAAAUAUUUGCAAUCACACUGCAACUGUCCCUGCUGUUACAUUACCAAAAAAAUAAUUAUAAAUACAUUCUAUAAAUGUAUCUACAGUAGAAAGCACUUAUAAAGAUAUAUUUUCUACAUUAACUUUCCUCAGUUUGUUUUACAUGAACACUUAAUUCAAAAAAGUUUGUCCUUUAUAUCCAAAGUAAUUUUAAUCUGAAAAUGUCUGCCAUACCUAUACAUAAGCAGAAUAUUUCUUUAGAAACACAGUAAAGAAUGUUUUGUGCUGUGCUGCAUUUGAAAAUGAAGACGAAUCCAGUAAGUUUCUCUAACACUAUACAUUCUUUACUUGUAUGUUCAGGAUUACACGU